UCUAUACUUUGUUCUGAACACCCAUAACUAACUUAUAUAAAUCUACGGCUUUCCAUCAACCAAAUGCAAGGAUGCUAAAGGUCAUCCCCCGAAUAUACCGUUACCGGUCGCUACCACUCUCAAUACAAGAGCUCAAUAGAACUUCCUGUACCACUAUAUUACAGAGGCACUAUAGCUCUCAGACCGGGCAACCUAUCACUAGCCCUGUAGAUUCGUCGUCACAGUCAAUUUCAGCAUCUGGCCCGGGCUCGAUAUCCUUUGCUCAUCCGAAAGACCCAAGAUCUGGACACGGGUAUUCCGACCUCAAUCCUGCCCCACCGUCAUCUUCGCCUCCACCCGAGGACGCUUUGGCUCUUCCUACGACCCUUUCAGGUCCACCUGCAUGCGCUUACCAACCAAAUCCUCAACAGUCAUAUGCAGUCCCUCCAUUCCACACGCAUGCCUUCGUAGCCGCGCUCGAGAAGUCCUUCCCCACGCCCACAGCGCGAAGUCUGAUGAGGGCUACGCGUGCUUUGCUCGUGGACAGAAUAGGUCGCGUAAGGCGGGAAGGCCUCACGGUUAAAGAUUUGGAUAAUCAAGCAUAUUUAUUCCGUGCAGCGCUUUCUGAGCUUCGCGCGGAGCAAACCGCAAGGUCUCGUAAUGAAAGCGCGACAAUACGCUCUGCCACAGCUGCGUUGCGCCGAGAAGUCGAUCGUUUGGAUGUCAAGAUGAAAGAAGACCUUGGUACCUUGAAACAUGACAUACAAAUGGAGCUUGACACUCGCAAGAAUGAGUCAAAGGCACAGCUGAAACAACAGACAAUCGCAAUUGAGGAAGUCCUGAAUAAGGCGAUUAUAACGCUCAGUGACCUCCGCGCAAACAUGGAAGAGGUAAAAUGGAAUAACAUGCGUCAAGCUGUUGCUGCACUGGGCGCUUUUGUUCUAUCAAUUGUCAUCGGCAUGGAAUUGUAUACAUUCAGACAACCGAAGCCACCGCCGCCGCCCCCGGCUGUGUUGAAGGAAAGAUCACCUCCAAAUGGUGAGGCGGUGUCUCAGGUGUCAUAGCACACAGCUCCAAGGCGCAGGCUUUACCGCAUCACUCCUAGGCCUUAUCCGAUCACUCACCUGGACGUGCAGAUAAGAUAAGUCGCUAUCAUACAUCCACAUUCAUCUAUACCGUCUACAGCUUGAACAUCUACAUAGAGAACGGAAC